AUGGAAAAGAAACUUCAAGCAAAAGAUGAAGUCAUUGAAGCAAAAGACAAAAACAUACAGAAAAGAAUACCACGUUCGGUACCAAAAGGAAAGGAAAAGAACUAUAAGUAUAUGAUUUACACUGAAGAGAUGGAAAAUGAAGAAGACAGAGAUAUGGUUAUGUUGCAUUUAGUCAGAAGAAACAACAAAAGCUUUUACGACCUUGCUAAGAUUUACAAAUCUGACAGAAAUUGGUUCUAUCGCGAAAACUUACCGAUUUCAAUGACACCAAAUGAAGAUGUUAAACAGAUAGUUCAAGAUACGUUACCUCAAACACACUAUGAUAUGAAAGGUUGUACAAUACUUACCUUCAAAGAAGAUUUGCCAUUGUUAAAGGAAAAAAUAACAGAGUAUUUUGACAACUUCAAACAAGCAGAGUAA